CACUGGCAGUUAUUCUGCACCGCAAACUGGGCAAACAUUGGAUUUAUUGGGCAGCCUGGUGCAGCUCAUGCUUCUGCACUCCGGACGCAGAUGUGGCUCCCCGCGAGCCCCGGGGGGCCUCCUGAGUUAUUUGGUGACUCUGCACGUCCUGCGGCUGGGAUCAGCUGACUUCAGAGUGGUGGGACCAGACCGCCCUCUCCAGGUCACCGUGGGGCAGGAUGUUGUGCUGCCAUGUCACUUGUCCCCCAGCAUGGAGGCUCGAAGCUUGGACAUCAGGUGGAUCCGGCAUCCAUUCUCUGAAACGGUGCACCACUACUGAAAUGGAGAGGACCUGUACAGGGAGCAGAUGGAGGAAUAUGUUGGGAGAACAGAGCUGGUCAGGGAUGGUCUCUCCCGUGGAAGCCUGGACUUGCGAAUCUCUGGGUUGAGACCCUCUGAUGAUGGUCAGUACGUCUGCACUGUGACAGAUGAUGCCUCUUAUGGAGAAGCUACGGUGGAUGUGGAGGUGUCAGCCACAGGCUCUGUCCCUCAGCUCUCCCUGGAGGCUUACGAGGACGGAGGCAUCCGGGUGGUGUGUCGAUCGGCCGGCUGGUACCCACAACCGGAGGUGCUGUGGAAAGAUCUCGACGGGCACCGUCUCCCCUCGGUCUCCCAGAGACUUUUCUUGGAUUCAAGGGGCCUAUACGAUAUCGAAGGCAUCAUUGUUGUGUCCAAUGGGAACAGACAUGGGAAGUGGUCCUGUGUGGUCAGGAACAGCCGCCUCAACCAGGAGCAGGCGACGUCCCUGCACAUCUCAAGUGCAACGAUGGCAGCCAGACCCUGCGGCGCUGGCAGCAGGUUUCCUACGUUGCUUUGA